CCAUUAUUACGUUGAGAACUUAUGGGUCGGUGACGGGUGUCCGGUGUCAGUGCUCGUGAAUAGCUUUGCACUAUCCGGGUAGCUGAGUAGUCUCCCGGUAGUUACGGUGGGGUACGGACGUAACGGUAUUGCACAGAGUACUUCUAAAUUGUGAUAGUGGUACUGUAACACUGAAGCCACCAUGUGUCAGUGUCUCUCCAUCCUUGGCCGGAUCCUCAUCGGCAUCCUCAGCCUCAUCUUCACGAUCAUAGGCGUGGCUCUCUUGGCCGCUGGGGUCAUGGUCAAGGUACAAGCGCCAUUCGUAUCCGGGCUCUUCGACACCGCGCUGAAAAUAGUUCAAGCACAGGCCGACGCGCUUACAAGUAGUUCAAAUACUUUCCCAGAAAUAAACCUGGACGAGGUGAUUGGCGGUCUGGCUAUAGCCUUCAUUGUCCUUGGGCUUGUUAUGAUGGUUAUCGGGAUCUUCGGCCUCGUGGGAGCUUGCUGUAUGAUCAAGUGCAUGGUCAUCUGUUACAUGGUGAUAGUCGGUCUACUGUUUGUCAGUCAACUGGCCCUGGUCCUCAUCCUGGUCCUCAACAGAGGUCUGAUUCUUGACUACCCCCGAAACGGUCUGAAGACGACACUACAGAAGGAGUUUCAGGGCCUCGAUGGAAAAGAUGUGACGUCACUAACCUUCAAUUUGGUGAUGACGCAGCUGGAGUGUUGUGGCAUUGACAACAACAAAGACUUCGCGGAGGCGACGAAGUGGCAAGCAAAUUAUGGAACGAUGUCUACACACAUGUACACGGCACCUAUUGCCUGCUGUAAGACAGGGGAGUUCACAGCCCCGACUACAGGAGAUGCCUGUGCAAGAACUCCUGACGCUUCAAACAGCAACUUUAACCAGGGAUGCUUUGACACUCUCCUGGACUUCAUCUUUAAAGGCGACACCUUCAUCAUCUUCGCCUGUGCUGAUGUUGGUGGUUUGUUCCUUCUGACGUUCUUCUCGGCUGUGAUCCUCUAUGAGAUCGUCAAGAAGGACAACAAAGUAGGACCUUAGGAGAUUCUUCAAUGGAGUGUGGUGUAUCUGUGAUCUCAAGACGCUCAACGUGGUUGUUCGAUACAAUUCCUCCACUGACUCUCGUGGAGAGAAUGUUGUUGUAGUUUUCCUGUAUAUAGUGCUAAACCGUUUGCUGUAAAUAGUGCUACUUGUCUGAUGUACAUUAAAUUCAAAACCAAUGGUCAUCAGGACAUUUUAUUUGUAUAAAGGCAAAUUGAACCAUUGUACAACACACGUUGACAUCAUAUACAUUUGAUAUAUGAAUGACCAAAUGUAUACUUUCUUUUGUUGAGGACACGUACAUACAUCAUGGCAUCAUUGUUUGAUACACUGUAAUGGACAGAGUCUUUUGGUGAAUUUUCCUUGUUUACAAUGCAGCUAUAAUUAAAGAUAUAUACCAACACACCUUUCUAAAAAGAAUCUGUAGAAUGCACAAUAUUCGUAUUUUUUAUCAAUUUUGAUUUGUCGCAAAAUAGCUACCACGUAAAUUGAACUGAUCACGCAAACAUUGUCAAUUUGCAAUUUUGAGAUAAUUUGAGGUAAAAUAUAACAUUCUUGAGAUGCGAAUAAUAAUCCGAUGGUUAGCAAUAUGUAUACAAUCAAAUAAAUCCAAGUUGUUCUGAUAAAUAUCGUUUACUAUUAAAAUAUAAUAACUUGGUAUCCAUUUCGACAAGCCGAAUGGACGCUCGUCACAUUUUGGAUUGAAAAGAAAAUUCUUAUCAAGAAAAGUGUUCUUACGCUGUGAAUGUGAUUUCAGGGCUUCGAAUUCCAUUCAACAAGUGUUUGUUGUCAGCAACAAUGUAGCAGAAAUUCGUGUUACAAUCUUUUAUUUGAUAAUAAUAUUUUGUUCUUUUUCAUAAGACUGUGUUCAUAUUAUAGAUAUGGUGAAUUUUGUCAUUCAAUUUGAUUUUUUCUGGGUUUUUUUACCACACCUAAGCGCACAUAGUUGGACACUAACUGAUGCCUUAUAGUUUAAUGUUUGUUAAAAUAGUUUGGAAGGACUAUGAUAUUGUAAGUAUGUCAAUAUGCAUACGCUCACCCUCGAUACAUCGGUGCAAGAAGAGAAAUGUGAAGGAUGUUAAAGCUACUGAUCCGAAGUCACAAGACACAACCUAGUGUGUCUGAUGUCUUGACACAGCCUAAUGUGUCUGAUGUCUUGACACAACCUAGUGUGUCUGAUGUCUUGACACAGCCUAGUGUCUGAUGUCUUGACACAACCUAGUGUGUCUGAUGUCUUGACACAGCCUAGUGUGUCUGAUGUCUUGACACAGCCUAGUGUCUGAUGUCUUGACACAGCCUAGUGUCUGAUGUCUUGACACAGCCUAGUGUGUCUGAUGUCUUGACACAGCCUAGUGUCUGAUGUCUUGACACAGCCUAGUGUCUGAUGUCUUGACACCGCCUAGUGUGUCUGAUGUCUUGACACAGCCUAGUGUGUCUGAUGUCUUGACACCGCCUAGUGUGUCUGAUGUUGUUUGGAAUCUAUGAUGACACCUGACUAUCCUCCAGUGGAGACCGGAAGUAGUAUUGAUGCUGUUUACAGGAACAACCCUUUGUUGACAGAAAUGAAAUAAAAUCAUGUUAUUUGUUC